UGGACUUUUGCCUCGGCGGCAGAGGAGCUCGGGGGCCAUUUUGUGAAGAGACGGAGAGCGAACGGUCGUGUGGUUCCUUGCUGUUGUAGCUCCGGCUUCUCGGCGUAGACCCGCAGUAGGAGAGGCAGGCUCUUCUCUCUCUCUCCUUCCUCUUGGGCAGCAAGGCGAACCCCAUCCUUACUCACUGGAGCUCAGCUUUGAUUUUUAACUUCCCUUCCCCACCCUUCCAGAACACACACAUUCCCAUUCCAAAAUUGAUUUUAUAAAGACAUUUUAAACAUACUGAUGCAACUUGGUGUGCGCUACGGCAAACAUACAGUGAGAUUUUUUUGAUCUUCAGCUACAGUAAGUUAUUACAAUUUUUUUUUUACAUUUUUCCUGACUUUCGCUGGUUUCCUUUUUAUUGUUGUUACUUACUAGUUAUUAUUACUAUACUUAUAAUGGUGAUGAUGAUGAUGAUAAUGAUUUUUAAACGGAUUAAAGUGGAGUUUUUCUGAAUGUUAAGAUUUCUUCAGCCUCCUGAUUGACUUUGGAGUUUUCCAUCUUGGGAGAGAAAGUGAAGGUGUUAGCAUUUUUAAGUAGUUUGAUCACAUAAACCUUUUCUCUCCCAACCCACCCUUGCCCUCAACCCCUUCCCCACACUGGAAAUAAUUUUACUGGCUGUUAAGUCUUUGACCUUAUUUUUCCUGAUCUUUAACUUAACUGUUUUAGAGCAUCUCUGGACGUCUGUAUUUUUAAUUUUUUUUAUUUUUAUUUUUUUUCUUUUUAAUCUUUGAUUUGUUAGAUUUUUAAACUGUGCUGCAAUAAAAUGUGUGUGGUACUAUUUAACACCUAUAAGGGUGAUGGCAUUUUCCUAGAAAGCCAUCUUCCUACUGUUUCCCUUGAAAUCCCAUCCUGCUUUUCCUGUACACUACCCCUCACAAACCACAAGCCGCAGCAACAUGGAUGCCCAGUCUGGAGCAGCAACAGCCAGGAUGACCUGGAGCCAGGGGGGCCUUCGGAACAGAUGUGCACCCUUCCUGGGUGAUGGUAAGAGUUUUCAGCUUUGUGAGAAACCUUACUAUCAGAGGAGAUGGCUAGCAAUGUUACCAACAAGACAGAUCCUCGAUCCAUGAAUUCCCGUGUAUUCAUUGGGAAUCUCAACACUCUGGUGGUCAAGAAGUCUGAUGUGGAGGCCAUCUUUUCAAAGUAUGGCAAAAUUGUGGGUUGCUCUGUGCAUAAGGGCUUUGCCUUUGUCCAGUAUGUUAAUGAAAGAAAUGCCCGAGCUGCUGUAGCUGGAGAGGAUGGCAGAAUGAUUGCUGGCCAGGUUUUAGAUAUUAACCUGGCUGCAGAGCCAAAAGUGAACCGAGGAAAAGCGGGUGUGAAACGAUCUGCAGCGGAGAUGUACGGUUCCUCAUUUGACUUGGACUAUGACUUUCAACGCGAUUAUUAUGACAGGAUGUACAGUUACCCAGCACGUGUUCCUCCUCCUCCUCCCAUUGCUCGAGCUGUGGUGCCUUCCAAACGCCAGCGUGUGUCGGGGAACACCUCACGAAGGGGCAAAAGUGGAUUCAAUUCAAAGAGUGGACAACGGGGAUCUUCUUCCAAAUCUGGAAAGUUGAAAGGUGAUGACCUUCAGGCCAUUAAAAAGGAGCUGACUCAGAUAAAACAAAAAGUGGAUUCUCUGCUGGAAAGCCUGGAAAAAAUUGAAAAAGAACAAAGCAAACAAGCAGACUUGUCCUUCUCGUCCCCAGUAGAAAUGAAGAAUGAAAAGUCUGAAGAGGAGCAGAGCAGUGCCUCUGUGAAGAAAGAUGAGACUAAUGUGAAAAUGGAGUCUGAGGCAGGUGCAGAUGACUCUGCUGAGGAGGGCGACCUGCUGGAUGAUGACGAUAAUGAAGAUCGGGGGGAUGACCAGCUGGAGUUGAAGGAUGAUGAAAAAGAGCCUGAGGAAGGAGAAGAUGACAGAGAUAGCGCCAAUGGGGAGGAUGACUCUUAAGCACAUAGUGGAGCUUAGAAAUCUUAACCCAUUAUUCACUUACCUAGGCGCUUGUGAGAGAUCAAAGUAACACCAGAUCCUCUCCCCUAGAAUCUUCUGCACAUUCUCACUGUUCUCCCUCCUUAUCCUUCCUGUGUUCAUUAAUUCAUAAUUGCCCUGCGCCUAGUUCCAUUUUCACUUCCUGUGAUGCUCCUUAGUAGUUUUGUUAAGUCUUACCCUGUAAGUUUUGCUUUAAUUUUGAUACCUCUUUGACUUAACAAUAAAAAGUUGUAUGGUUUUUAUCAACUGUCUCCAAAAUAAUCUCUCGUUAUGCAGGGAGUACAGUUAUUCCCGUUCACGAUUGCAGUAGUCGCUUCCCUAACUGCAGAGGCAUCUCCUUUACUUGUAACCCUGAGAGCAGCUUUGCAUUAGAGGCGUGUGUUUUCCCUCACACGAGUGGGACUGUUACUACACAAUGGAACCAUGUAUUUUUGUGAAUGGGGUUGGCAUGUCAAAUGCAUCUUACAGGAAAAUAGUGUUAUAGUCUUAAUAUUUGUUUUCUAAAGUUAUACCAUGGGUUAUUUUUGUGAACAGCCUGAUGUUUGGGAUCUUUUUCUCAAAAAUAAACAAUUCCUUAUUAAACCAGGAA